UUUCAUACUCUGUUUCUUUCUACUGUUUUUGUUUGAUGUGUGAGAGAGAUAUCUAUGACUAUAUAGGAAUGAUGGGUUUGGUGAAAUACUUCAGCAAAAGUGUAGAAGAAGAAGAAGGAAACCAAAAAGAAGAAGGAGAAGAAGUGAGUGAGAAAGUAAUGGAGUUUGAGAAUCAAUUGAACCAGCAGCAGCAGCAGCAGCACCAGCACCAGCAAGAACAAGAACAACAACAAAAUGGGGUGUUAUAUGUCAAAGUAAUGACAGAUGAACAAAUGGAAGUUCUCAAAAGACAAAUCUCUGCUUAUGCUUCUAUUACUGAGCAGCUUGUUCAGAUGCACAAAUCUGUUUCUUCUCAACAUGAUCUUACUGGAAUGAAGCUGGGAAACCUUUACUGUGAUCCACUCAUGUCUUCUACUGGCCACAAGAUAUCAUCGAGGCAGCGAUGGACCCCUACAACCGUGCAGCUGCAAAUUCUUGAGCAUAUCUUUGACCAAGGCACUGGAACUCCAAGUAAGCAGAAGAUCAAAGAGAUAACCAACGAAUUAUUGCAGCAUGGUCAAAUUUCAGAGACAAAUGUUUAUAACUGGUUCCAAAACAGGCGGGCAAGGUCAAAACGGAAGCAACUCGUGAAUACAAUAAACACUGCUGAAUCUGAGGCAGAAACUGAAGACGAGUCCCAGAUGGAAAAGAAGGCCAAGCCAGAGAGCAUCCAAUCCCAUGAAAAUUCGGCACUGAGGCUAGAGGAAAUGUGCUUCAAUAGUUCUGAAAUGAACUCCGAUCUUCAUCUGUUAGACCCGUAUUCUAAUCAGCCGGAGAUGUUUCCUUCAGACGGUGGUUCAAAAUCUUCUGGCAGCUUGGGCCGCCUGUCUUACUACGAGAGCGUAAUGUCAAACCCAAGAUUAGACCAUCUUAUGGGAAAGGUGGAAGAAAUUCCUGGGAGCUUUAGCACCUUUCCGCAGGAAUCUGGUUAUGACAUUAUUGGAUAAGAUUUGCUCUCAUGAGCUAUAAGAUCCGGAAUCCAGCCUGCUAAUUAGGACUCGAGAUGAUGGACUACAAAAAGUUGCAGCGAGACAAUUACGAUAUACAGAAAUAUAAGGUGACAUAGCAUUUAGCAUAUAAUAUAGUGAGCGCUUCUGAACUCUGUGUAUAGGAAGUCAAAUUAAACUGAACUUCACUGUCUGAGUGAAAUACUAAAUGAUUGUUGGUAAAUGAUCUGAGUCGGAUCAUUUAGAACUUUAUAAGAGUGACCUAGUUUUAAGAGACAUAAAAAUGAUGGUGCGCAACUGCAAGCACUAGCUUCUGCUGAUCAAUAUUUGUGAUUGGUUUGAUUUCUUUUGGUUCCUUUUUGUGUUUAAAAGAACUGAGUUUGAGUUAGAUUUUUUUGGGUGUGUUUCAAAUAUUUAUUGAUGUUAAUUCAUGUGUCUUUUAUUUA